GGUAGAGGACGCGGAUAUCCGUUAGACCGAACGGAGACGUUAGAGCUGUGGUGGAAUUAGAAAUGUCCACAGAGGACUAGUUUUGACUAGUUUUGACUGACAACAGCUGCUAACCAGCACUAACAGGAGCAGGUCCAACAGCUAGCUAACGUCGACUAUCGAGCAGCCGUCACAGGGCCGAGAGCAAGGAGCCAGUUAUGGACUCGUGGGUCCGCUUUGCCGCCCAGAGCCAGGCCAAGGAGCGAGUCAUUAGGGCUGCUCAGUAUGCCUGCACUCUGCUGGGCUACACCCUGCAGAAGGGCGGGGCAGCGGCUGAACUCCACAGAACCAUCAGUCAGCUGGAAGCACACAUGAGCCUGUCAAGAAAGUUGCUGCGUCUGGGAAACUCUGUGGAGGCGCUGGAGGCUGCUAAGAGAGCCAUACACCUUUCGGACAGCGUGCUGAGGCUCUGCCUGACCAUCAGUCACCUCAACAGAGCCAUGUACUUUGCCUGUGACAACGUCCUGUGGGCUGGAAAAACAGGCCUCAUCUCCGAACUGGACCAACACAAAUGGAGUCAGAGAUCCUUCAGGUACUACCUCUUCGCUCUGAUCCUCAACCUGACUCGAGACGUGUACGAGCUCCGGCUCCUCAUGGAGGCAGAAGCGCGUUACAGAGCCGCCAAAUCUCCACCCUCACCCUACCCCCUGCCCGAUGACCACCUGUCCCCCCCUUCCUCAGCUCCGGCCACCGUGGCCUUGCCCGUCGUGUCGGCGUGGCUCCGCAGACAGCUUCACCUGCUGGGGACGGUGCUGUACGGCAACCCGCCGCUGCUCUUGGACCUGGUGAAGAACGGCUGUGAUAUCUUCAUCCCUCUGGACCGGCUGGGGAUUUACCCUACGGGGAAAGGCUUUGUCGGGGCCUGUGGCCUGGUCUCCUCUGUCCUCUCCAUCCUCACCAUAGUCCACCCCUGGCUCAAACUCAAACCAUGAAUCCAAGUGGAGGUACAGUGGAGGCCCGAGGAGCCACAAAAGGGUGACUGAGAUAACAAGCUAACGGGGUAAACAACUGAUGGUUCAGUGAAGACAGCAGCGAUCUGGAAUAAGUAGCAGGGCAUCCAGAUCCUUCAGAUACGCCAAAAAAGAAAUGAGGACUACUGACACCCCAAGGAGAUUCUUUUACUCUGCAUCACACACACACUGCUUAACCUCACAGCCCAUCCUCAGCCAUCACUCUACACAUCAGUCCCAGUACUCUGAGAUUUCAUCAGAAUGACGCACUAGACCGUAACCGAACCACAGUCCCUCCAGGGAGGAGGGUCAUCAUCAUCCAUCGUCCAUCACAGUCUAUCAGCAGCUCAUCACUUAUCUGUUGUACCUUCUGCCUUCUGCCAAGCCCAUGUAUCUCACCCUCACCCCACCCCCUUGAUGUUUGACAGCCAAUCAAAAUGACAACAUGACAUUGGACAAAGGAAGACACCUCAUUCUGUCUGAGUGAAUCAUGUUUAUGAUUCACUUAAGACACGAUCAUUCAGAUUGAAUUGAAUUGGAAAGUUGUCUCAGACUUUUGGACCCCACCGUGUGUGUGUGUGUGUGUAUAGUUGGAAGGAGGCUGCUGUAAAUCCAACACGCAAACCAUGGAAAGACUGUGCAAGCCCUGAUGAGACUUAUGGACUGAUGUUUUUAACAUCCAAAGAAUGGAAGUGUAAAAGAAAAUGGAGAAAAUGAUAAAUGAAAGGUUAUAUUACAGAGAACAUUAAAGAUACAUAUCAAUAUUCAAGAGUCUAUAGGAGAGGAAGAAAUACUGUGGAUCCAGCUUUAUGUUUAGAACAUGAAAUUAGCCCACAUGUAUGGAGAAAGUGUAGCGGCUGUCUUUUUCUGAUAAAGACAUUUAAUAUGAUGUGCCAGUUAACUUCAGCAGGACAGAAACCAAGAGCAACCAAAGGGAGGAGUAAGAGAGGAAGGGUUUUUAUAGCUCAGAGUGGGACGGAUGAGGUGGACACACUGGACUAAACUGUAAACUGUUCAACAUAAGUAAACAACACAGGCAGAUGCGACUGUAAUUCAGAACCUCAUAAAGAUUAAAGUACACUUUGAUGAUUUGUAUCUUAGACUAACUCAUUUAACUGAGAUGAGUUUUUUUUUUUUUUUAAUAUUCUGAUCCAUGCCUCGAACCAGUUGGUAACGCAAUUGUCAAUAUACUACGUCCACCACAAUUUUACUUCCCAGUCUGCCCAGUCAGAGACUGGGAAGAUGUAGUGGUGGCAGGAUGAGAGGACGUGCCAGGAGAGGUGGUGGAGGAAGGCGAGGGAGGCUGUUGGAAAUGUUGUAGCCUGAAAGGAAAUCAGUAGAGAACAGCUGACCCUUCAUCUUGGUCAUGUAUACCAAGUUAAGUGAAUGAUUAACUCACACAGCUAGUGGUGGCCAGUGUCCUCUUGUUAUCGUCCCUUGGAACUGUCCCAUAGCAUCAACAGUCCCGCAGCAGAGCCGGAGUCUCAAGAAUAUAAAGUCGAAGAAUUGCACUUUGUCUCAGAAUCCUGUCACUGAUCUGGACUGAAGUUCUCCGACUCUCUCUGGGCCCCUGCUCAACAUCAGACUGACCCCACUGGACUGGACCGGACCGGACCUGCCUCCCUCCUCCUCCUGUUUGUUUGAUAUGUAACAAUGUUCCAGGGUACAGACCUACUGAUCAGAGAGGGACAUGUUUCUAAUCAGAGAAGAUGCAGAUUUUUCUAACCUGUAAUGUGAUCUUCUAAUCACACUUAACUGUAUUUUUCUUACCAUGAUCUUGAAUGAUCUGAUUGCCAGUUUCCAUCAGUAAAUAAAACCAAAUCCAGAGCCAGGACAUGAUUUUCAAACUUACAUGUUCAUGUACAUGUUCACUCUCCAGCUGUGUGACUUGCUUGAUGUGGUGCCUGUAAUAAAGAGCAUGUGUGUGUGUGGCU